UAGGAUUUCUACGGAGAAGAGAAGUAGCGCAGAGGGAAUGGGCACGGAGUAUCGUCUCUUUUCCUCAUUCUAGAACGAACCCGACAGCAGCGCAGCAGCAUUUUUCGUCGUCCGCGUUUUCGCGUUUUAUACAGUGUAGAAGCAAAUAAUUUGCGAGUGAAUUUCGCUGUGACGAUGGCUAACGGUGCGUGACGUCGGAUGGUGCAAACGUUGUGCGUGCAUUUUCGGCGAUCGGUGCCCAAAUUUCGAAUAGCAGACGUAAUGAAGAGAAGGUGAAGCCAUCUUUUUUUCCGUGUUCAUCGUUUGCCACAGCGGCGUGUGUGCGGGAGAGAAAGGGUUGGUGCGUGUGUUGUGUUGGAAGUGUGAGAGAGUGAGCGAGAGGGUAGGGAAGGAAGUUUGUGCGGGUUGGAAGAAACGAGCGGGACGGGGUUCAGUCGGAUGAGGAAGGUGAAGUGAGCAAAACGUUGCUCGAGUGAGAGCGUGAAGAAGGAAGGAAACGGGCGGCACGAAAGAAGAAGAAAGAAAAAACGACACGGCAAUCGAUUGCUGGCGCGUGUGGUGGUGUUGGUAGUGCAUAGGGGCGCGGUAGCAUUGUGUGUGUGUGCACUGUACCACCAUUUUAAUGUGAUCCAUCCAUCACAGGGCAAGCGAAGAGUGAGCGUGUGUGCUGGGGGCAUUUGGUGUGUCGAAUGCGCGUUAUCCAGCGAGAAUUGGCCAUUCUUUCAAACGGAAGUGUAAUUUCUGUUGUUGUGUUUGUGGUGUGAGACGCAACGUCCCGGAACUGCAAAGAAAUUGCGAAGAGGUUAAAAUAACGCUCACGGGCUGGUGGAAUAUCUCGCGCACGCCUGAAUUUGUGUGGUAGCAUAAUUUGCAACGCAAUCGUGCGUCGCCUCAUCAUUCCUUUGUAUUGGGAUACUGUGCGUACGUGUGUGUGUGUGUAUAUGCGCUUGCAGCACUGGAAUCAUUUUAACAUACCCAUCUUCCUUGGGCCCAGCCAAAAAUCUCGCGAAACCCACACACACACACACUCCCAGACCGGUACAGUGCGUGAGACGGAAUCGCGUGUCGGUGAGCAGUGAAGAGUGAGCAGUGAGCGAGUACGUGAGAAUAGAAAACGCAGCAGUGUUAUACUACCAUAAAGUAAAGCUGCUGGUACGUUUGUUUCAUAACCGAAGUACGAGCGUUGUGUGUGCAGAAGCGUUGUGUGAUGAAGUAGGCACGUCCUAAACGUCGGCGACAUUUUCUAAUGGACGUGUUUUGGGAAUUAUUCAAGGAAGUUAGGAAGGUUCAAGAAAACCACAAAUACCAUUCGCGCUGUAGCCGACUGAUGCACUGAUAUAAAUUUGAAGCUUGUUUAGUGCAUUAGUGUAUGUGCGUCGCGUGAGUGAGAAAAUAUCAGUCGUUCAGACGAAUGACGAAGGAUCAACUUGCAGCUAGAUGGCAUAAUUUGUAUGAAAAGUGAUGAAAGCUUUCUUUUGAUUUGACACGACUCCCUUACGGCCACGCGCAAAACAUAAAUUCUCAACCUAGCAAGCGUAAGCAAGGAAUUGAGUUUGCAUGUAGUACGGUGAAUGGGACUAGCAGUAGUUCCAUCGGUGCCCGUGAAACAAAGAUCCGAUGCAUUGGGAGAAAUGGCACCCGCUCUUACCGAGCCACUAAGCCAAAGCAAACUGUCCUCGUCGGCUGCAUCGGGUGCCUCACCGAGGACGAGCAGCAACACGACGACCACAGCCACUACCACAUUCGACGGAACCACUAUCAUCACCUCACCGGACAAUUUUCAUAGCGAUCUGGACCACCACCAACAGCAGCAGCAGCAGCAGCAGCAGCAAGAGCAACAAACGCAACUGUUGGAGCAGUUUGCCGAUGCACAAUCACAUCACCACUCGUUAACGAUCGGUGAUACGGUGGAUGUGUCUGAAACUGUGGUGGUGACGUCCACAACAACGGCACUACAGGAGGAGGGCAUUAUCCCCGGUGGCGGUGGCGGUGUGUCACAGGUCCAGGGAACGACGGCAAUGUCGAUGCUGUUGGAUUCGAGCGACGGUGUUGGCUCUACCACGGUGGACGACAUACAGAAUAACAAUAGCGGUGAACCGGGCUUGAAGAUCGAUGCCGAUACCAACCGGGACCUGAUCGAACUAGCGCUGGAGCAACUGCAUCAAGACGCGGCCAUGGGCGGCGGUGGCAAUGGAAACGAAACGCCCGCGGUAGACGCAAUGGCGGUGACCAAUGUGGUCGACAUGGCAUCCGUGACGUCACAUUCCGCAAUGCCUGCUACCAUUUUGCAGCCGCAACAAUCCGGCGAUCUGAUGCCGUUGGAGUUGCCACCGACACAGAUGAUCACAUCGCAAGCUAGCUUUCCGGGUGGACAGCAGUUGCAGCCAAUGCAAAGCGGUUUUAUGAACAUCCCGAUCCAGGAUUCCUCACAAUCAUCAUCGUCGCUUACAGGGAUGGGCAUCAGUGGCACGAGUGAGCUUGGCAUGCAGCUGAAGGAAAGCAACGAGGUGGAUCAGAUGAUACGCGAACUGUCCACCGCGGACAUUGAUCUGUUGCAGGUAUUUAAAAGCUUCGACAACAACAGUCUGCUGCUGUUCAGCGAUGUCGACGUGGCGAAUCUGUGCGACGUGCCGGUGGGCGACGGCAGUCAGUCGCAAUCCUCACCCAACAAGGACCGGGAGCGGUUGGAGCAGCGCGCGGAAAUCUUGAAACUACAGGCACAGAUGCAGCGUAAACAAGAUUUUCUUGCCCGCCGUCUCAGCAAGCUAAAGGCCCGGUAUAUGGGCCAGCACAUCAGUGAAGAAAUUGCCGGCCUGUUCGAGUACACGCAGCGCUUCUGGAAGAAGCGUGAAAAGGAAAAUGCUAAACAUCUGCACAACAUGAACACCAGUAUCAACCACGGCAACGGUGGAGGCCAGGCGCUGGGCAAUGUAGGUUCAAAUGUUGCCACCACGAUGGGGACGCUUACCGGUGAGGGUAUCAACAGUUGGCCCGAGAUUAUUCCGUUUCAAGCGCCCCCGCCCGAUCAGACGCCGGAAAAGCUGAAACCGAUUUCUGCCAACGCACUCAAAACGUUCACCAAGCGGCUCGAAACCGUUUCGAAUACGAUCUGUUCUGAGCAGAGCAAGCGCGUCCUCGACAGUCGAUACUUUCACGGUGUCAGUAACAUUGGUAGCGGGGCAUCCUCCUCCUCGGCGGCUCCAUCGACCAGUGGCGCGGAUCCGACUAACAUCGCCAACUUCUCCAACACCAUCCCGUUGUUCGAGCGAUCGGCCACGCAGGAGCUGGAACAAACGGCCGGAAUGCUGUACGCCGAAUUGCGACAGAUUGAGUCAACCAUCGAUUCGGACGCAACGCUUAGCAGCUCGGGCGGCGAAUCAGCGGACGAAUCGAUACCAUAUACGAACAAUGUACAGGAACCUCUUCCAAUUACCGAGCGAGCAGCGUGGAGGUGGGCAAACGAUCGAGCAUCGGUAGCGAGCAAAUGGACGUGGCUGUGGGCCCGUGUAGCGGACCUGGAAUAUCGCAUCCGGCAGCAUGGCGAGGUACUGAACAAGAUACGCAUCAACAAGGGUUCCGUUGUGCUGGAGGAGCUAGGCGUACCGAGUGAUCAGCUGUCCUCCCAACAGUCGGUCAACGGGUAUCGUGGCCAGCUACCGGGCAGCAGCAAAUCCUUAACAUCCCAGACUGCAGUUACGGAUGACGAGGAUGUCGAUAUGAUGUCCAGUUGUUCGCGUACGCGACCCUACUGUCGCUCGCAGUUCCGGAAACGAAAGCUAAUGCAAACGCACAACCUGCACACCGUAUCGAAGAGAGCGGCUAAACCAAGCAACGUCAAGUGCGGAUGCCAGUGGCCGCUGCUUCCGUGUGCGCUGUGCACGGGACGUACGGAUCCGACAGCACUGAGAGAUCCCCUGGAUACGCUAACGUUCCCGGAACGGGUUGCACUGCUAGAUGCCAGUUUCCAUCCCGUGUUGAGCUUCCCAGAAGACAUUUCGUACAGCAUACAUCUGGAGGCGAUCAUGCGAACGCCGGAAUGGCAAAAUAAAAUGAUUCGCUGUAAAGCCACAUCCGCUAGUCUAAACGAAUCGUCCGUACCGGGAUCAUCAUCUACACGUGGUGCAUUCUUCUCAUCCGGUGACGAAAUGACACCAUCCUCGCACGGCAAGCGCUACACCAGCUCGGACGGUAAGCGGAAGUACGAAUCGAUGACCAGCAACAAGUACAAGAACAACGAUCGCUACCUGAGCGAUGGUGGAAAUAAAUCUAAAAAAGCCAAAUCGAAGCGGGAUGUGAUACUAUCGAACAGUCGUAAAUCUGGAUCAGGAUAUACGUACGACGCUUCGCGUUCGGGCUCGAAUGGGCAUCGGAGCAAUAACAAGAACCAGCCGGGCGUGAGUAAAUCGAGAAAAUCUUCCCAUUGCUACGACUAUUACGAUGGCAAUGAUGGUGGUGUAAGCCGCAGUCGGAACACUUCCCCAACGCCCAACAAUCGUAAUGAAAGGAGGUAUCGGAACAGUAGUGCGUACGACAUCGGUAGCAUUGUUAUUCCACAGAGCAUGGCCGCCUCAACGAGGGUGUCAAUUCCACAAUAUAAGGAUAUUGCCGUACCGAAAUGGCGCAUUGUUGGUGAGCAUGAGUAUACUGAUGACUCGGUCAACAACGAAGCGAACAAUUCCGAUAUUGUAACGAGCGAUAACCAAAAUAUGAUCAUCACCAUGGAUGUGGAGUUAUCCACGGAAGGAAAUCAGACCAUCCUGAAAAGUCCGGCGAAGAGCGAUCCAACGAUUCCACCAAACGGUACGAAAACAGCUACCGUAUCGGUGCCAACUCCUUCCACCUCCGGGUACAUCGAAGCUUCGCAGCAACAGCAGCAAUUGAUUGUGAUACCAGCUCAAGAUGAGGAAGACAUCUCGGAUGAAGCGAUCAUGUUGAAGCACGAACGAGCUCUGCAGGAGGAACGCAAGAAGUUCCAAACUUAUCUGAAGUUCCCGUGGAGCAGACCACGCGCAAAGCGACGCACCGACAGCCGGGCCGGCUCCAGCGGUGGUAAUACACCCGACCCGACUUCACCAGCACCGCCAACACCGAUGGUGGAUCAUGAUUCUUCGCCGGCAUGUCCAUCUACUCCAAUAACGCCCCAGGAUGGACAGGAGCUAUCCGAAGCUAAUGUUAUAAAUGCGCUUAAUAAGAGUCUUCACAAAAAAGAACGCCGUAGGACGGUAUCAUCGAAACGGGAAGACCAGCAAACUCAGGGAGCAGGCACUACUACUCCCGAUACACGUGAAGUUGUUACACCGUAUGAAGCACUUCAGUUUCCACUUGCGGAUAACAUUUUCGAGGAUAUGGUACGUUCGAUGCCGAGUGACCACCUGGACAAUGAAUGUCUCAGCAAGCUAACCGGAAGGAACGGUUUACCAUUCCGCCGUUCAAUGCAUCGAAACAACAACAUACUGCUGAAGGUGAAUUCGAGCGUUAAUCUUGCCCCGGCCAGUCUCGGACUGGGCAGCCAAAACCCGCUCAGCUCGAACGCAUCGACCGCGACGACAGUGUCGGCGACCGAGACCGAUAUGGAAGAUUUCGACGAUGAAGAUCUGAUGCUUGCGAAGCGAAUGGAAAAGGAGCUCAUCAUGCAGCGAUUGCUAAACAGCCGCAAUGAAUCGCAACAGUACGAAAUAGUGCCACCGUCCGCAAAGCCAAUGCUUGACGAUGACGAGGACGUCAUCGACGACGAAGAGACGGAUACGGGCGAAUCACUGUUCGUCGAGGAGGACGAUCCGAACGAUCCCGAAUGGCACGAUCGCCCCGCGGGUCGUUCCGGUGGCAGCGGCGGUGGUGCUGGCGGUAGUGGUGGGCUUGGAAGCAAUGGUGCUGGAAAUGCAAGAGUUUAGCUCCUAGAGAAACGCGAAAAAAGUCGAGAACUAAAGUGUGAAAAGCUUAAGUGAGGUAGAGGUUAGAUUUGUUACGCUCCACAAUGUGAGCUGAUUCUUAUUAUGAUUUAUUUUUUUUGCGUGUAUCUAUAAGAGAUCGGUUGCUUGCGGUCUUUUUGGUGCGACAAGAACGGCCCUCAGCAUAACAAAAGUCAGUGAUAGACGUAGUAAGACGAGCGUUCGUGUAUAUAUAAUACAGAUAUAUUUUGAACUCGCACAUCAGAGAAGGAGAAUAAUGCUGUGGCCAUAUAAGUCGAUAGCGCGAUCGCUACUAGCCGGAAAGCGUUUUUAAGUCCAGUCCACCACUAUACAAAAUUGUCUUUCACUCUCUAUCUCUUUUUCCUUUUGCCGACCAUAGUUCGAAUGAAAACAGACACAAUUUGGACGGAAAUGUGUCUGUGGUGAACGUUACUUCAUUUUACCUCAUAACCAUUUGGGGCUAACGCUCGUC